AUGGCGACGCAGACGGGGGUCGCGGCCUCCAAGGUCCUCAUCCUCGUCAGUGCAGGGAUGACGGGGUCGAUCCUGCUGCGGAAUGGACGCUUAUCUGAUGUGUUGGGGGAACUCCAGGAGAUUAUGAAGGGUGUAAAUCAAGGAACCGCUUCAGGCCCCUAUGAUAUUGCAUUUAUUCAAGCUCAGAUUCGGAAUUUAGCCCAAGAAGUCAGAGAUUUAACGUUGUCAAGGCCCAUUACCAUACUGAAUGGCAAAUCUGACUCAGGAGGUGGUUUAUCAUCCUACAUACUGCCAGCAGCUGCAAUUGGAGCAAUGGGUUAUUGCUACAUGUGGUGGAAGGGAUUGUCUCUCUCAGAUGUCAUGUUUGUCACAAAACACAACAUGGCAAAUGCUGUUCAGAGCAUGUCAAAGCAGUUGGAGCAAGUUUCAUCAGCACUAGCUGCAACAAAAAGACAUCUAACUCAGCGGCUUGAGAAUUUGGAUGGCAAAAUGGACAAACAAGUAGAGGUCUCCAAAGCUAUUAGAAAUGAGGUCAAUGAUGUUAAAGAUGACCUGUCUCAAAUUGGAUUUGAUAUCGAAACAAUUCAGCAAAUGGUUGCUGGAUUGGAGGGAAAGAUCGAGUUACUUGAGAACAAGCUGGACGUGGCUAAUACUGGUAUAUGGUACCUCUGCCAAGUAGCAGGCGGUUUAAAAGAUGGAAUAAGCACCAAGUUUUUCCAGGAAACCAGUGAGAAGCUGAAGCUCUCACAUUCAGCUCAACCUGAAAACAAGCCAGUGAAGGGACUUGAAUUUUUUUCGGAAAGCGCCAAGGAACAGAAAGUAGCUGACUCCAAACCAAUUGCGGUCGCAAUCGACGCCGAUAAGCCCGAGAAAACCACAGCUGUAAAGGGCACCGCAGUGCACAGGUCUAUCAGGUUCUCAUAUCGGAAGGAAGGCCUUGCUUUGUGA